ACACUUCCAGCAGUAACAUCCCUCCUGUCCCUGAUCGAUUGCCUCCUUGCCUCUUGCAAAACGGGUUCCUCAAGAUAUCUUGCCUUUGGGUUUGGACACACAAGGGCUGGCACAGAACAGCCCGUCUCCCUGGGAAGAAAGAGGUCUUUAAUAGCAAGAUGAUGGCUAGCCAAGAGAUUAUUCUGCUUUUUCUGUGUGCUCUGUCACAAGCUUCGGGGUGCUUCAAACUCAUCACCCCCUCCAAGUGGGGUGCAAAGCCGGCCAACUGCUCUGAACCUUUGAAGGACCUCCCGCCUGAGUACGUUAUCAUCAUCCACACAGCUCAGAAUCCGUGCAAAACGCGAGCCGAAUGCUCCAGAGAAGUCAGGAACGCUCAGGAUUACCACCUGGGCCUCAAAGGGUGGUGCGAUGUGGCCUAUAACUUCCUGAUUGGCGAGGAUGGGCUUGUGUAUGAAGGGCGCGGCUGGCGCAAUGUUGGAUCUCACACCUACGGCUACAACGAUUUGUCCCUUGGCAUCGCUUUCAUUGGCACCUUCGUAGAGAGGUCUCCCAACCAAGCGGCGUGGAAAGCUUUGAAAUGCCUGCUUGACUUCUCUGUCAAGGUCGGGUACCUGUCUCCAGAUUACCUCGUAAUAGCACACAGCGACGUCAGUAAUCUUGUUUCUCCCGGAGAGCCGAUCCGUUCGGAAAUUUCCAAGUGGCCCAAUUACAGGCACAACUGAAGACUUCUUCACUCAUCCGCUGCAGUGCUGGAAGUGUUAGAGAGGAAUGAAAGCGGCUCCAAGUGAGACCUUACAACAAAAUGCCACAGUCUGGACUGCAACUGUUGAGGUUUCCAUCCAUUAAGACAUGCCUUUCACCAGGAUAUUUCAUUUCGCCAUUGCCCUGUUUUCCAUUUCCUCUCUCCAAAAGACACUCAUUGUUCAGUGGCCGCUAUGCAUGCUCAGCAGGUACGUACUGUGCUGUUUUUAGGAUUUUAAAUAAAACUCUUCUUAGCGGUUCUCUCAUUAAUGAUCUUUUGCACUUCUGCUAAUUUUGGCGUCCCCCUUAACCUGCUGGUGUCUCCCUCUUGCAUGUGUGCAGUGCGGUUUGGCAACAUAACGAGACUGAGUUUGCUUUGAGCGUAUAUGAUUUGGGCGUUCCAGAUACCAGACAUGUUCAACAGGUCGAUCACGACUUACUGGCCGAUCAUGGGGUGUUCCUGGUUGAUCCUGGUUGAUCUUUUGUCCCCUGGUGAUUUGUAAACCCCCCC